UGAUACGAAUCGGAAAUCCCAAAUUUGAGAAUUGGGUUAUUUGUAUGUUUUUUUGUUUUAAUAGGGGUUUGUGUAAAUUUAUGUUUAGGAAAGAAGAAGAAGUUGAUGAGCAUUGAAAGUGGGGGGCGGGGUGGUAAGCAUGGAGAAUUUAAGCGACGAAUUGUUGGUAGAGAUAUUGGUUAGAACAUCAGAGAAAGAUGCGAUGAGAUGCAAGUGCGUUUGCAAAUUUUGGUACCACAUAAUUUCAGAAGAAGAAAUUUUUUUGGGAAAGAGGUUUUGGGCUAAUUCACCCAUUGCAGGUAUCUACUUUCGGACCCCGCAGACGACGCCUGGGCCUACUCACUUGAGUGGACCAAAUAGUCACUACAGAAGGAAGGCAUACAUUAAUUUUCUUGUUGAAUAUUCGGAUUUUAGCGAUAUCAAAUUUGUGUCUUUGCCUCCUGAACGAGAGCGAGAACGAAACGAGCUAUCUUGGGUUCUCGUUGACUAUUGCAAUGGGUUAGAGCUUGUGUUCGCCGAUUGGCGGUACAUUGUUUUCAAUCCCACCACCAAGCAACGAUCCUACAUUCCUAAAGCCCUCCACCAUUCCCGCGAACACGGCAAGUUCCAUCUUUUCGCAGCCUUAGCUUUUGAUCCUAUUGAAUCUCUUCAUUACAGAGUUGUUCGGCUAAGUGAUCCCAAACCCUCUGAUGCUUCAGUUGUUUUGCACAUGUUUUCUUCAGAAACUGGACUCUGGGUUCGACAUCAUCUUCUACUAGAUACCAUUGUUAGUUGGAAUUCCAUUAUGUGUUUUAGGCAUUUCACUUACUUUCAUGGUGUACUUUAUUGGAUUGUAAGUUCUUCUAAAAUUUUAUGCAUUGACCUUGAUAAUCUUGCUGAUGGUAAAACUCCUACCCGUGUCCUUCACGUCCCUGAUUGUGAUGAAGAUGUAGCAUUUCGUCUGGAGAAUGAAAAGGCAAUGAUUAAGGCCUCUGCUAUGGGCCGUGUUGGAUGUCUUGGGGUGUCAAUGAACCACAUUUAUUAUUGUACACACAGACGCAAAUCCGGCCUUUUCGCUGUUUGGUUUUAUAAUGUUGAUGCCAGUGGAAAUGGCCAUGGUGAAUGGGUUCUUAAAUUUAGUGUUGCCUACAUUCAUCUGAAACAUAUUAUUGUCGAUCAACUUUCUUUUCGCCUUAGCCGUGCACUAUGGAUUCAACCUGUUGCUGUUGGUCCAAAUGCUGAUGUGUUGUUCAUUGGAACUAAUAAACGGAUCUUCAGCUACCACCUUGAAAGCGACAAACUUCAAUUGGUGUGUAAAGGAGAACCUAACAGAGUUGUCGAUUGUUGUUUCUUCCCUCUAUUUCUGUUACGCAAGUGCAUUUGCCCGAUACCAUUUUACAAGUUGGGUGAGGAGACUGCCAUAUCUACUCCACUGUUUGGAUUUCAAGAACAUGUGGAUCUCUAAUCACAGUGAGAUAGCUCUAUAGAUUUGUUAGAAAGCUGCUUUGUGGUACUUGAAAAAAAAAAAGAAAAAAAAAUCUUCAUGAUGGGCGGAAAAAUUAUUUGAACCUUUUGACUAAGCUUUGGUUUGGGAAGUUUGCUAUUGUUAUUGUGCCAAGAGGCCAAAAUAUAGGUGUGCCUAGGAUCUGAAGGAAAAUGGAGGUCAGUUGUGUUGGGGACAGCAAAAGGAAUGGCUUGGGUUCGUUAUUGGUUAUGAUAGUUGACCUUACUUGGGGAUGGUUGUGUUCAAAACUCUGUCCUUGAGUUAUUAUUAGCUUAGCUUUCACAAUAAAUUCUUAUAUGGAUUUUUCCAGAGGGAUCCCUAAAUUUCAUUAUUAUUUAAUUUCAAAACUGUAACUUUUACCUGUUUUAUCCUUCUAUCUUAGAGGAUUUGUGUAAGAGAAUAGUGGAAAUGAGAGCAGAAAUUUCCAUUGUGACAAA